CGAUCGAGUGAUGGUUUAUAAUAUAGGAGAGUGCGUGUCAUGCAUAUAUAAGUCAGCAAGCAAUAAUACAACAGUCAGACCAGUCAAGUUCAAAACAAACAGCCGGAUCACUUCCUUUUGAAAAGCUACAUCAUACACUAGACACACACAGCAGAGAAACAACAUGCAGUCAAUUACUAACGCAUUAGUACGAGCCAGUAAGGCUGCUUCCAAUCAAGAACUCGCUGAAAUAAAGACACACUCACAUAUGAUCAAAGAUCUAGACACAAACAUUGGUAUGGACUCUGUUGAUUCGGUUGAUUUGAGUGAUUACGAUUCUGGUUCCCCUAGUGACGACGGUGAAGACAAAUUGUCAGCUGUGCACCACCGCCAGCCUGCGAGUAGGCGGAGCUCAAUACUGCAGACAAAUCAUCCUGGCCUGAUACGCAAUACCAGUCGCGUGAGUUUUGGGCGUCGUGUUUCGGUUUGUGAGACAUUUGCGCCCAAUGUCUACGACAGGACGGCCGCAACGAGUGAGGUCGACAGCACGUCAACGGACAUGCUCGAUAUUGCGUAUUGGCUGGACAAUUUCAAGAUAAACGAGAUGGAUGUCCAUCCCAGCAGUUUGGAAAAUACGCUCAUAUACAUGCCCAAUGCAUGACUCGACACUUGUGUAGUGUGAUAGACAAUUUCGGCUCUGGUAUCAGCCCAUUAAAAUAGCGAUAAUCAUAAUCCC